CGGGAAGGGAGGGCUCUGGAGCAGGAGUAGGGCUGAUCUCGGGAAGGGAGGGCUCUGGAGCAGGAGCUGCUGACGUGCUGCCGGGGCUGCAGUGACUCCGCAAUGGCUGAGCCUGCCGGCACUGAGCUCAUCCCGCAGCCUGCCGGGGAAACCUGUCCUUAGCUCCUCCGACUGCUCGGAUCCGCGCUCGGGCUACGUGGUGCCCUGACCUGCUGAGCCCCAUCCCUGUGCCUGGGCAGGGACAGUGCCUCUGCUGUGGCUGGACCAUGAGGGACAGAGCGAGGCACUGAGGGUGACCAGCCAGGAGCAGUGCUACCCACGUUAACAGGAUUGCUUUAAAAAGGCCCCAGAAGAUGUGAGCAGCGCGCCGCGGGGCCGGGCCUCCCUCAGCAUGGCCAAGAGGGGCUCCAGCAGCCGCGCCAGGGGGGACAAGCCCGACGCCCUGGCUGCCCUGCAGGCUGCCAACGAGGAGCUCCGGGCCAAGCUCACUGACAUCCAGAUCGAGCUCCAGCAGGAGAAGAGCAAGGUCAGCAAGUUGGAAAGGGAGAAAAAUCAGGAAGUGAAGCAGAUCAAGGAGCACGAACAGCACAAAAGCACAGUGGUGGUCACAGAGCUCAAAGUCAAACUUCACGAGGACAAAAUGAAAGAGCUCCAGGCUGUCCGAGAAACCCUUCUGAGGCAGCACGAAGCUGAGCUGCUCAGAGUGAUAAAAAUCAAAGACAAUGAAAUCCAGAGGCUGCAGACGCUGCUGAACGCCGUGCGGGACGGGGCCCCCGACAAGGUGAAGACGGUGCUGCUCAGCGAGGCCAAGGAGGAGGCCAAGAAGGGCUUCGAGGUGGAGAAAAUCAAAAUGCAGCAGGAGAUCUCCGAGCUGAAGGGGGCCAAGAAGCAGGUGGAGGAGGCCCUGACGAUGGUGAUCCAAGCUGACAAGAUGAAGGCGGCGGAGAUCAGGAGCGUGUACCACCUGCACCAGGAGGAGAUCACCCGCAUCAAGAGGGAGUGCGAGCGCGAGAUCCGCAGGCUGAUGGAGGAGAUUAAGUUUAAGGACAGAGCAGUCUUCGUGCUGGAGAGAGAGUUAGGGGUGCGAGCCGGGCAUGCUCAGAGACUGCAGCUCCAAAAGGAGGCUUUAGAUGAACAACUGUCCCAGCUCAAAGAGUCUGACCGGCAUCUGAGCAGCCCCAAGCGGGAACUUCCUUAUGCAAGUGGUGCAGGAGACGCUUCAGAUCAUUCGGGAAGCCCCGAACAGCAGUUGGAUGAAAAGGACGCCCGGCGCUUCCAGCUGAAAAUCGCGGAGCUGAGCGGGAUCAUCCGCAAGCUGGAGGACAGGAACGCGCUGCUGUCGGAGGAGAGGAACGAGCUGUUGAAACGUCUCAGAGAAGCAGAAAGUCAGUAUAAGCCCAUUUUGGACAAAAACAAGCGCCUCAGUAGGAAGAAUGAGGAGCUGUCACAUGCCUUACGUCGAAUGGAAAAUAAACUGAAAUUUGUGACACAGGAAAACAUUGCCAUGAGGCAAAGAGCUGGAGCAAUAAGGAGACCAAGCUCCCUAAAUGACCUUGACCACAGCCAAGAAGAAAGGGAAGUGGAUUUCCUGAGACUACAAGUUAUUGAACAGCAAAACCUCAUUGAUGAGCUCUCCAAGACCCUGGAGACUGCUGGCUAUGUGAAGAGUGUCAUGGAACGUGAUAAGCUGCUAAGGUUCAGGAAGCAAAGGAAGAAAAUGACAAGAAUUCCUAAGAAGCCAGUGGUGGAGACGUUCUAUGGCUAUGAUGAGGAGGCUUCCCUGGAGUCAGAUGGUUCCUCCAUCUCCUACCAAACCGACCGCACCGACCAGACCCCCUGCACGCCCGAGGACGACCUGGAAGAGGGCAUGGCCAAGGAGGAGACGGAGCUGCGGUUCCGGCAGCUGACGAUGGAGUACCAGGCGCUGCAGCGCGCCUACGCCCUGCUGCAGGAGCAGGUCGGGGGCACCCUGGAUGCAGAGCGGGAAGUCAAGACACGUGAGCAGCUCCAAGCUGAAAUACACCGGUCCCAGGCUCAGAUAGAGGAUCUGGAGAAGGCUCUGGCUGAGCAGGGACAGGACAUGAAGUGGAUUGAGGAGAAGCAGGCCUUGUACAGAAGGAACCAGGAGCUGGUAGAAAAGAUCAGGCAGAUGGAGGCUGAGGAGGCACGCCUCAAACACGACGUGCAGGAUGCCAAGGACCAGAACGAGCUGCUGGAGUUCAGGAUCCUGGAGCUGGAGGAGAGAGAGAGACGGUCCCCGGCCAUCACCUUCCACCACGGCCCCUUCACGGAGGGCAAGAGCCCUCUGCAGGUGUACUGCGAGGCUGAAGGUGUAACAGACAUUGUGGUGGCAGAGCUGAUGAAAAAGUUGGACAUUUUAGGGGAUAACGCCGUAAGUAAUCUGACCAACGAGGAGCAGGUGGUCAUCAUCCAGGCCAGGACUGUCCUCACGCUGGCUGAAAAGUGGCUCCAGCAGAUCGAGGUGACCGAGUCUGCGCUGCAGCAGAAGAUGCUGGACCUGGAGAACGAGAAGGAGCUGUUCAGCAAGCAGAAGGGCUACCUGGACGAUGAGCUGGACUUCAGGAAGCAGUCCCUGGACCAGGCCCACAAGCAAAUUCUGGAAUUAGAAGCCAUGCUCUAUGAUGCCCUGCAGCAAGAAGCUGGAGCCAAAAUUUCCGAACUUCUUUCAGAAGAGGAGAAGGAGAAGCUGAAGAGCGCCGUGGAGCAGUGGAAGCGGCAGGUGAUGAGUGAGCUCCGGGAGAGGGACGCGCAGAUCCUGCGGGAGAGGAUGGAGCUCAUCCAGCACGCCCAGCAGAGAAUUAAAGAGCUAGAAGAAAGAAUUGAAGGCCAAAAAAGACAAAUAAAAGAGUUAGAGGAAAAGCCCCCUGAGGCCACUGCAGCCGCUCCUGCUGUUCCUCCCAGAGGGACAGCCCUGCUCCCCGAGACCCUCACAGAGACUUUGCCCCUUGCACCCCGGAUCUGUCUCGCUCCUUGCUGCUGGCCAUGGCAGCUGCAGCCCGUGGGACUUCCAGCAGGGCUGGGCUGGGCUGGGUGGGAGUGCCUGCGCCCCCGAAACCCCCGAGGAGCCUUUGGAGAGGCUGAACUGAGCCCACCAAGGAAGCCCAGAGCUCUGCUGCUGCCUCUCCUGCAGCCCAGGCUGUGCUGAGGGCCAGCCCUGCUGCUGGGCAGGCUCUGCCAGCAGCACCAGCACUGAUUCAGAUACACUGGAUUUACCCUGGUUCCCUGCUAAGCAGGUGGCAAAUUGCUUCUGUGUAGAAGUGCCCGUGUCCUGUCUGUGUGCCACGUGCUCAUGUUUGUUCCACAGUUCUUCAAAAACCUGCCUUGAAAGAAGAUUUUAGGAAGUGUUCCAGAGGAGCAGCCCAUGAAAAAAUGGAUGUGAGUGGAAAUGAAGUGGUUUGCUCCAAGGAAUUUCUCCGUGGCACAGGGUAUGUCCCAUGCUUUGUUGAAUAUCCCACGAGCCCAGUUUUAGGACAAAACAUAAAGCUACAUUCAGGAAACCAAACUCUAAUUAUUUUUUUUUUAAGUAAACCAUUAUGAAAAAACUGUGCAAUAAUUCAUAAUUGGCUGUCCCUGAACAAUGACAAAAGGCUUAACACUGUCCCAGCAAAAAGUUCAGCCUGGAAAAGAGUGAACUAAACCAGAUUAUCCCUCAUCCACGUGCACUGGGCUGGGAGAGGGAACAGAACUUGUUGUCACCUGGAAGGUGUCCUCACCUGGAAGGUGUCCUCACCUUGGGGAAAGGAAGCACAAGUCCCACAGAGCGCGAGCCCAGGGGGCUGGCACAGGAACCAGGAAGGAAAAAGGAUCCUCUAGAAAAACAGGUGAAGAGGGGAAAAUCAGAAGAAAUUCCAGAGUGUGACUGACCACGUUGGAUCCACAGCUGAGCACAGAAAUGCAGGGCUGUGGGGCAAGGCCAGGGAUGGACAAAGCCAGGACCAAGGCCAGGGAUGAGGACCAAGGCCAGGGAUGGACGACAAAGCCAGGACUGAGGACCAAGGCCAGGAGUGAGGUCCUGCCAGCAGCCAGGGUCCCACGGUGCCCAUCCCUGGGAGCACGGGCAGGAGGGAUCAGAGCUCUGGGCAGGUACCUGCACCGCUGGAGUUUAUAAAGCUAUGAAGAAAACCCCUGGAUACUGAAAUUCUUCAGCCUCUUCCUGCACUUGUACAUCCACCGUGUUAACCCAGCACAGGGAGCUCAGCUGCAGAAACAGGAGGAAGGGAGUUGGUCAGAGAAGUGUGGUAUUUCAACCAGAGGAUGCAAUGUUUUAAGGCCAAGGUUGUGGAUUUUGAUCUCAGCAUACGAUUCUGUCAUGGAAUUGAUUUAACAAGCUCCGAUUCUACCAGAUACCAAUACCAACAGUGCUGGCAUUCUGGGAUGAGCUGCAUUUUUGCUUCUGCAUUUCAUGCCUAAAACAAGUUCAUUUUGAGUUCUACUGAAAUACUUCAUGUCUUAAAAUACUGUGUUCACUGGAAGCCCUGCAGGUGGCGGCUGAGGUGACAAAGGGCACCUUAGGAAGUGGCUUAAGUCCACCUCAUGGCUCUUCAUUCAGGACGUGCUCUUGCCCGGUGUGUCCUUGUGUCUCAAAUACCGGUUCUGUUUUCCCAUUCACUUCCUUGAUCCUGGGGGUUUUAAGUACAAAGCCAAUUGUACAGGACAGGUCUGUGUGUAAAUAAGGAAUUGUGCUUAUCUAUAUGUCACUAUAAAUAUGUAUGAAGUUUUGUACAUAGGAAAGAGAAAACGGCUCAAAGAAUGUUUUCAGAACUGUGUCCUCCGUUUGAAUGCACAGACAGGAGAUUGCCAUCCAUGUGCUCCCUCACUCUCCGGGAAGGGAUCCCGCUGGUUCCGCUCGCCGCCCGCGUCCAGCUGGGCUCUGUGUCAGGAGUUUUUGGUGGCCCGGAGCCGGGCUGGGCUCUGUGUCAGGAGUUUUUGGUGGCCCGGGGCCGGGCUGGGCUCUGUGUCAGGAGUUUUUGGUGGCCCGGGGCCGGGCUGGGCUCUGUGUCAGGAGUUUUUGGUAGCCCUGAGCCGGGCUGGGCUCUGUGUCAGGAGUUUUUGGUGGCCCGGGGCCGGGCUGGGCUCUGUGUCAGGAGUUUUUGGUAGCCCUGAGCCGGGCUGGGCUCUGUGUCAGGAGUUUUUGGUAGCCCGGAGCUGGGCUGAGCCGUGCCGGGUCUCGGCUGCUCCCGCCUCACUCUGGCCCCUGUGCAUCUCUCACAAACA